AUGGAGGGACCAGACACAUUCGUACAGCUACCGCUGACCAUCGACCCCAACACCAAAGCCAUUUCUUCAACCUCGUCAUCGGGUGCACUCGAAGCCGAGUUGAACGCGCUCAAUGCACUGCAUCGUUCAUUCAUCCAAGAUCUCGAAGGACCUCUAGGCAUUCCGCCACCACCCGUUCCCGUCAAUCCCAAACGAUCAGCACAAAUCACCAAGCUCAAGGAAAGCGGCAACGCUUCUUUCAAGAAGGGCGCAUACCCCGACGCUGUCCGUAUGUACGGCCUCGCUAUCGACAUGGCUAUCAAGCGUCCUGUAUGGGAACCCGCCGGUCUUGUGCGUGAAGAGCUCAGUCAGUUAUACAACAACCGCGCUCAAGCAUACAUGGUUCAACAAAUGUGGCCCGAUGCUGCUCUCGAUGCCUUUUGCAGCACCGAGCUCAAGAAAGUCGCCAAUACCAAGGGAUGGUGGAGACGUACUGUCGCUCUCAAGGAGCAGGGUCGCCUUGAUGAGGCUCUAGACGUUGUCAAGGAGGCUGUUGACUUCGAGUCUGCUGGUCCAGACAAGGAGGGUGUAGAAAAACUUGCCGGUCUGAUGAAGGAAAUUGAGGCCGCUGUGGAGAAGAAAGCACUUGCUUGA